GCCAGUCACUGGCAGGUAAACAAACCUGUCAUUGACUGGGAAGGCGAGCCAAACAAAGAGAAAUAUCCAUACAACCGUGUUGUUGACUUGAAAAUGGCGAUAAUGGAGACGUACAAAAGAUAGUAUCGCCAAUUUCAAUGGAAUUGAAGCUGACGUGUUGCCGCAGAAAGGAGACUAAAUUGUAAAGAUGGUAGCAAUGCGUUCAACAGAGGCAGCUGUCCACGCUGAGUCGCUGACGCAUGAUGCAUUGCAGUAAUUUUCCAGAAUUGGGUGUUCUCAUCCUUCUUUCCUACAGAGGAGCAUCUAUUCCAAGGCAUAAUUUGCUUUCUUUCUCUAGUGUGUCAAGUCUAUUGAUUGACUCAAAUGUCCACCCCCGCUGACAAACAACAUGGGGCCGAUCAUACAGGAGCGCGCAGCAUCCACGACACUGAAACGCGUCGUUUCCAAAGAGAAGAUCCGCGUAAAAAACACGGAAAAUAGCGGACCAAACAGCAGUUCAAGGAAAGGUAAGCAGAUGAAGAAAACAGUGGGUCAAGCGAAAAGUGGCCAGCCAGGAUCAGGACAGGACCAGAACACCUUAGGAACAAUGCACCGGGGUUCACAACUGAGGAGUUCCAAGUUGAAAUCUGGCACCUCGCGGAAUACAAGCAAACUCCCCAGCCCAGCAGAAGAGCGUGACAUUAGACCUCAACUUGGCCAACAUUCACGUGCACAGAGAAAUGAGGAAAGGAGAAAUAAUCAACGGACGUCACAGUGCAGCAUUGAACUGCAGCAGAAUCACGGGGGGAUGAGCAAGAAUCGCAGAGCACUUUCUCUCCCCCUUUCCCCAAUAUCAGGGCUACGGCACACCCCGGGACACCCACUAAUUCAUUCCCCAGCACCCAUAGCGGAGGCCCUGCAGGACCCUUACAAAGUUGACGACAGUGACAGUGCCAGUGACCUGUCUGACUCAGAAAGGCUACCUGUCCUACCAUCACCUUGUACUCCAUGUACGCCACCUCAUCUAAAUCUCAGAGCAGAGGUCAUUAACUCGAGUGACUUCCCGCUGGACAUCCCAGGACCUCAUGGGAAUGAAAAUAAUGAAGACGAGAGUAAGAUACCUUCCCACUGUUACCCAGACUUUCUACCUCCACCUUUUAACACAUGGAGCCUUCGGCAGCUUGCGGUGUUUCUUCAUACAGAGGGUCGUGGUGCUCCCAGGCCUAAACCAGUGGGGCCUUUGGAGAGAUUCCUGGAGAGAUUACUGCAGUUAGAAUGGCUCCAAAUCCAAACAGUUCAAACUGAGAGCAGCCGUCAACCUGGAAGACACACAAGGCCUCAGGCCACAUCUGGUCAAUCACCUAGACCUCACACAGCUCCAUCAUCGCGACUUAACUCCCCUAAAGGGGCACGUCACAGCCAGCGAGCCUUUCCAUGUGUCAUCAAUCCGCCAUCACCAGCCUCUGCUGUCGUCCAUUCCCGACUGCCACUCUGCCCACACUGUCACAUACGCUACCCUUUGUGCAAUGGGAGUUGUUCUGCUUAUGCAUACCAGCGCCACUCACGUCUCAGCCCAUUACUUGAGCGUAAAACUCGGCCAGGGGCACCCGUAAAAAGGAGUUGCAGCGAAACACAAGAAGCCACUAAAGAAGGUAGGAGCCAAGGAGCCCAAGGCGGAGGUGGGGCCCAGAUCCCAGUGAGCCCCUCAGCAGAAAAGAGCCAUUUUAGGCACAUGCAUGCCCCAGGCAACACACGAAAACAUCCCCAGGAAUUGGGAACAAGCCCAAAUGGUCAAGGUCAAGUGAGGAAAACUCGAAUCAGAACCAACUCUGAGACUAAUUAUAAAAAUGAGCCCGGCGUUGUAAAAUCAGCAGGUGCUGAAAAACAUGUUUUAGGAGGGAGUAAGAAAACAGCCAUCGCCUCAAAGAAAUUAGAAGAUUGGCAAAGAACCGCUGCAGGUCAAGUAUCAAAGACAGCCAUGAAAAGAGUGGUUAAAGACCCACAAUCUCUCUCUAAGACGCCUUCUAGUGGUGGAAAAACAAAAAAUGUCCAAUCUGUUGCAAAGUAAUGCGUAUAGCAGGGGUCUCAAACUGAUUCCACAAAGGGCCGCAGUGGGUCCUGGUCUUUGUUCCAACAGAUCCAAAACAGACAGUUCAACCAAUGAGGUUUCUGCUAAAGUAAGCAGCACCUGACUGCAAUUAACUGAUUACACUUGUUAGACACCAGAUUGGUGAAAAGGGAUUGUUCUCGUUUGGUUGGAAUGAAAUCCAGUACCCACUGCGGCCCUUUGAGGACCGGUUUGAGACCACUGGCGUAUAGGCUCAUAGUGGUUUACUCUGUGAUGACUUGGCGCUGGAGUUUCAACUUUUGCUUGCUUUCUGUGUACUCCUAACGCUUUACAAUGCUAUGCUGCUGUGCAAUCACUUUAAAAAGGUACCAUGUAACAAUUUAUCAGCAUUUUAAAGCACAUUACAUGUAACAGUAAAAUAAAGAUAACCUAGCACGAUGUGCAAGGGAGGGGUUAUAAUGUCCCCUAAGAAAACAGCUUUACUGAAACUGCACGAAACAACAAUGCUAUUAAGGUUAAAAUGGCAUGAAAAUGGCAAACAGUGGCCAGCUUUUAAUGUAAGUUGUCCAUGGUGAAGGUUGCCACAAACAAAUUUAUGGUAUACAUUAUAUCUGUCACUUAACAAUGAUCAUGAAUAAUUUUUACUGACACCAGUAAUAAGGUUUGAGAAUUCUGCGCUUUUAUUUAUUCCUUCUCUUUGUUGGCUCAUUUGAUGACGUGAUCUGUGUUUUCAUUGCAAACCCUUUCUGAGAGGUUGGCAAAAUGGUUGUGUGCCAGAAGAACGUUUGCUGGUUUUACAUGUGAAAUUAGUGACCUUUUUUUCCCCAAAAGGGCUUCUGUGUAUUAAAGCUUGGAUAGUCGUCUUUGAAAAACUAUUUUGGAUCAAGCCGAGGUCUGAUGAAAUUAUUGAUAGUGUUUGCUAUGAAUGUAAAUGCAUAUUUUUCCAAAUUUUAUACAAGUUAUAUUUAUGCAACAUGUGUUGGAAUUGUAUUUGUCAUUGUCAUUAUUAUGUUUUCAUACAGUAUGUGUCCUAUACUGAAAAAUAUUUAUUAAAGAAAAAAAAGGAUGUCCAAUGUGCUGUCAUUCUA